AUGGCUGCGCCCCCCUCCAAGACCAUCCAGGACCUGAAUGGUACUUGGGUUGCUAACAAUGACCUGUCCGAGUCCUCUGCCGAAAUCCUCAAAACCCAGGGAGUCAACUGGCUGACCCGCAAGGUCCUUGCCAUGGCCAGCGUCACUCUGGUCAUCAAUCAGCGGAAGGAUGAAAACGGCAAUAUCCUGCUCGACAUUGAGAACAAGCCCAGCGGCGGCCUCCCCGUCACCCAGGAGAAGCGGGUCCUCGACUGGAAGCCCGUCGAACUGCACCACGGCCUCCUCGGCAAUAUCCGCGGUCGCUCCCGCAUCUGCAAGCUCGCCGACCUCGACGACGACUACCUCCGUCAGGGGUGGGAGGACGGCACUGAGGAGGUCAUGCACUUCAAGACCGAGCAGCUCGAAUCCAAGGGCAUUGUGACCCAGCAGGUCGCCGGCUUCAUUGUCCUCAACGGCACUCGCUACCACGCCAGGCGGGUCCUGGUCACUAAGGAAGAUGGCGAGAGACUUGAAGCAAAACUCGUUUACGACUACCAGGGGUAG